AUGGUCAAGAACUGCCGCAUGAUUUUCAUGCUGGUGAUAACAAGCGGCUUCUUCGUGGUGGAGCUCUUGGUAGGAUAUAUAGGCAAUUCCAUCGCUCUGGUCUCGGACUCCUUCAACAUGUUGUCUGACAUGAUCUCCCUGGGCGUCGGGUUGACCGUGGCCAACGUAUCGAAAAUCAGGAGGCGCCACAACAACACGUACGGCUUUGUGCGAGCAGAGGUGGUAGGAGCUCUGGCCAACGCCGUCUUCCUCUCAGCAUUGACUUUCACCGUCUUCAUCGAGGCGAUCAUCCGCCUCGUCCAUCCGCACAGGAUAGAGGAUGUCGGCUUGGUGCUGGUCGUCGGGGCUCUCGGGCUGGCCGUGAACGUCGUGGGUCUGAUUCUCUUUCAAAAUAGUUGUUUCAGAGGACGGAGAAGCACUCAAACAGAUAGAUUGGGAAAUGGCACAAGAGAACAAAUAGAGAACAAAGGGUCAACAAAUGCUGCGGCUUUAAAUGUCCGAGGUAUCUUUCUGCAGGUAAUGGGUGAUGCAUUGGGAUCUGUUGUGGUGGUAGUCACUGCCACUAUAUUCUAUGUGCUUCCUCUUGACAAAGAUGAACCCUGUAACUGGAAAUGCUACGUCGAUCCAAGCCUGACAAUCAUUAUGGUUGUAAUCAUUAUAUCAUAUGUCUUACCACUUGUAAAAGAAACAGCUAUAAUUUUGCUCCAGAUGGUGCCCAGAGGGAUCGAGCUACAUGAUAUAGAUGAAAAGUUGCGUUCAGUUGAUGGAGUAUAUGGGAUUCACGAACUCCAUAUCUGGGAACUUGCUGGAGGGAAGAAUAUCGCUUCACUUCAUGUGAAAUGCCUGGAUCCUUCUACGUACAAAACAGCAGGGUUACAAAUCCGUGAGGUCUUCCACAAUGCAGGAGUUCACUCUGUAACCAUCCAGGUAGAAUUUUCUGAAGGAGUAAACGAUUCUGACUUAACAUGCAAUUUCCCCUGUAUGUUACCAGAAUGUGAGAAUCAACUGUGCUGCAUUCCACAAAAACAUUAUGAUGUUGAUGUGCAGGGUUACAUAGAGAUGAGUAACAAUCUUCCAGAAGCCUCCUGUAAUGGCCACAGGAGAAAUAGGGUAGAGGAAAAUAACAUCGAAGAAACUUCCAAUAUUUCACCUCACAGUUUGGGAAUACAGGGAGAAAUAAGUGAAGAAAAGGAAGACACAGAUGGACUAUUACAUUUGCAGAGUUCUUCACUGUAGCGAGUGUAUUUCCUUUGACAAUACAGUCAAAUUUCAAAUUAAAGUUGAAUCUAGGGUAGGUACUUUAAAAAAAAUUAAUGUGCUAAAGAAGAGCACAGAAUAGUAAGGUUUGAAGUUUGUUGAGCUAAGGUUCAACUUCCUCAUUAUAGCCAGUUUGAAAUAAGCUUACGGAUAAAAUAGGGUUAAUGGAAAGUGAAGUUAUUUGUAUACCUUUAAUGUUAGGGCUAAGUGACUAUGAAAUUUGUGAAGGAUGUUAAGCUAUGUUUUUGCCUCUUACAAUCUUUAAUUUACAUACUAAAUCUGAAUGAAAUCUUUAGCUAUACCUAAUUUUAGUUGAAAUGAAAUGUCCAGCCAAGGCAGUUGCAUCAGAUUUACUGCAAUGGAUUACUGGUUUGAAAACUGAAAUAAAAAAUGCUCAGAAAUUUUCCAGGUUGUGUAGUCAA